CGUUGAGUUUUUGUUUUGGUUUCAAUUUGAAUUUGUUUUUGUUUUAACUUACAUUUGGUUAAUUGUUUUGGUUUUAAUUGUGAGCUUGUUUUUAAUCUUAUUGUGGUAAAAUGAUGGAUAUUGAAUGUGUAGAUGUUGAUGUGGAUGAUGAAAGUGUUGCUGGUGAUUUAUUAAAGGUCGAUAUGGCUGUUCAAACAUGUUCCUAUCUUUAUGAGCAGUUUCUUUGGGAAAAGUUUAAUGAUUCAAGUCUCGGUGUUAGAUUAUGUUCACUUUGUAUGGAACCAUUUAAUUUGGAUACUGAACAUCGUAUUGCCUCAUUAAAGUGUGGACAUUUUUUCGGGGAAAAUUGUAUCCGUUCACUUUUUGACCUGAUGAAGAAGAAGAAGAUUGAAAAAAAUGAUGAUGAUGAUGAAGAAAAGUCCAACGGUGGUGGUAGUGGUCAACGAUGUCCAAUUUGUGGGGAACCUUCUCGUAAACCUGAUAUUCGAACAAUUUAUUCUAAAUUCUUAAUUGCUAUAGAUAAAACUGAUGAACAACAAAUCCAAGAAGAAGCUUCCAAAGAAAAUGAUCUCUUGCAAACUGCCAUUGAAGAAAAAAACAAUGCCAAUGUUAAUCUUAAAUUGUUCAAAGAGCAGCUUCGCAGUCUUAUGGUACGUCGUAGAGAUUUGGAUACAAAAAUUCUAAAAUUAAAGUCUAAAAAACAUCCAUUAAUUAGUAGGAAAAAUUUUAGAUAAAGAAAAUGUUUUCCUAAUCAAAUUUAAUUUUCGUUCAAAAUCACAAUUAACCAAAUACUCUUAUUCCAACCGGUAGAUGUCACUCAUCAAUCGAAAACAACGCCAUCUAUGAUCAUAGAACUCAACCUGUAAUCUGUACAAUAAUUUGAUUCCAAAGACAAUAAAUCAACAAUUAACUUGAUUUUCUUUUACAA